AUUACACAUCACGUCUACAGUCAGACAGAAAACAUCUGGAGAGCGGGCCCGCCUUAGUGAGGGUUUAAAGUCGAGCAGCUGUAAUAGCGAGAGGCACUCAGAGGUUCCGUGAGUCCAAGAUGGAUCCUGCGCUCGCUCUCCGUCUCCUGGCUCCUCUGCUGCUGGUGCCCGUCGCCCACGCCCAGCAGAACUACUACGGCGAGGAGUUCAUCAACACGUGGCGCCAGGGCUUUAACUUCCAGUGCCCGCACGGAGAGGCGCUGGUGGCCGUCCGGAGCUACUUCCGCGAGGACGAGGGCUCGGAUCGCCUGUGGAGCUUCGAGUGCCAGCCGACCCCCUCUACGCUGGGCGAGCCCAGUGCCUGCUGGUGGGAUGAUCUCAACAUGGCUGGCAUGGAGUGGACGUCCACGUGCAGUGACAAUGGAAUCGUGGCUGGAGUGAAGAGCGAGUACUUCCCUGCGGUUCUUGAUCGUGAGUGGCGGUUCUACUGCUGCCGCUACAAUCGCAGAUGCCCUUACUCGUGCAUGAAGACCAACGACGUUCCUGAGUACAUCAGGGAAGAGGGUGAGAUGGUGAUCCCGGGAUAUGGUUACUUCAUUAGGGGGGCGCAGACCACCUUCAGCGGGGUGCUCAGGGAUCGGCAGUGGAAGUACAUCUUGUGCAGGAUGACGGAUUUCGAUUGUGAAUUCGAGAAUUUAUAAUCCACCCGUGUGUUCAGCACCAGACCUUUAUCCAUGCAUGCGCAUCCCUCCUCUCGCAUUAACAGAUGCAGUACAGCCGUACGUGCAGUACGACGACGCGAAGAUAAAAGAUCGUCGUGUGAAUUGAUGUUACUUUUCUGUAAUCUGUAAUCCUGCAUGCUUUAAUAUGUUUACACAUCUAUAGUUUUGUUUUUUGCUGUUUUUAUUUGUAGUUUUGUGAUGGAACAGUAACGUUAAAUGUUAAAUCUGAAUCAUUUGAAUUAGAUAAUAGAGCUGAACAGUAAAGAUUUUUUCUAUGGCAAUAUUAUCUGAAAGGGCGCUCGGGUGGCGCUUGCCCACUAUUGCUGAGAUCUGGGAACCCAGCCUGUCUCAGUCUCAGGAAGUCUCAGCUUGUACUAUCGGCCGGUUUAAUUCUCUUUAUUUCAAAAUGUUCUAAAAUAUUAAUGAGGGCUGUUCAGCUUUAUAGUGACUAAAAGUCUUGACACCUUCAGUAUCUCCACUAUGUCCAGUAUCACCUUCAUACUGUUAUCAUCAUGUUAUAUUUGUACUAAAUGUUUAAAAUAGUAACAUAACCAAUAAAGCAUUUGUACUUAAAGCUUCA